AUGAAUACUACGAAUAUAUUCGAUGACUAUCAGGCCAGAUUGAACCAUGGUACUUUCUUUUUGCUACUUUCUCUUCUAAUACAAGCUAUCGUGCUCUAUGUCCUUAUCUUUGCCUUUACUAUUGGUCAUCGAAAUAUACUGCGUACACCUCAGAACCAAUCUCUAUUCAUUCUACUCAUACCGAACUUUCUUCAGUUGCUGUUCAGUUUACCACAGACUCUUCAUUAUCUCCGCCUCAACUUCGUAAGUCCUGCCACACCCGCCUACUGUACAUUCUGGACUUUCAGCAAUUUUUCACUUAAUGCUAUUAGUGAAUUUCUUAUGGCUACUAUCUCUGUCCAACGACAUAUGCUCAUUUUUAAUUCAACAGUCAUGAGAGUUCGUCGACGGCGCAUACUGUUAUUCAAUCUACCAUUGCUCUUCGCCAUUAUUUAUCCAACGACAUUUGAUUUCGCUGUCGUUGUACUUUAUCCAUGUGAUGGCACCCUAUGGAAUUACACAAGUAAUGCCUGCGGAUUGAUGAACUGUUUUUUCUCCAACCCAGUUCUGUCUAUGUACAACUGGAUAUUCAAUGUCGGAAUGCCUGCAGUUGUCAAUUUCACAUCCGACGCAAUACUUUUCAUACGGGUUCUUAUGCAAAAGCUGCAUGCUCAUCAAAGACUUCCAUGGAAGCAACAGCGACGAAUGGCAGUUCAUUUGUUCACUAUGUCAGGACUCUAUAUAAUCUCUUGGAUUCCAGUUGUCGUCAUUGGCACUAUGCAAUCAAUACACUAUUCAAGUGCUCUUGCGAUCAUUCGCCGUAAUUAUGUUACAUAUUUCCCCAGUUUCGUAUGGUUUUCCCUUCCUUGGAUCGCGGUUGGCCUAUUGCCUGAACUAAGAGCAUGGAUGAUGAAGCCUCUGAAGUGUCGAACGGCUGUUGUGUCAGCUGGGGACGCAUCAGUAUUUCAAAACACAUAUCCGUUGCAAGUCGCGUAA